UAUGAAUUGUUGGUCAGGGUGACGUCAUGAUCGUUGUUUGAAUGUCGGGAGCCAGCGCUGGUGAGGAGGCCGCGCGCAGUAACACACUAAUUACACUUGUACAUAUUUUUUGAAGACCAAGGUCGACGACACCCUUCGACGCUUCGUAUUUCAGGACUCUCCUCUCCCACCCCCCCUCACCCCCCCCCUCUGUCAGUGAGCAUGGCUCAGGAGACCAAUCAGACACAGGUUCCAAUGCUUUGCACUAUGGGAUGCGGUUUCUAUGGUAACCCCCGCACCAACGGCAUGUGCUCAGUCUGCUACAAGGAACACCUGCAGAGACAACAAGGCGGGGGUCGUUCCAGCCCCCCUGGUGGUGAGAAAGCUGCCACGUCUCCAGUGGGGUCUCCGGGAGCAACUGGAGUGUCGGUGGAGAGCUCGACGUCAGAGCCCAGCGUGGAGAGUUUCCCACAGCCCGAGGACAGGACACCCAGCCCCAGUUCCCCCAGCCCGGUAACCCAACAAAUGACAGCGAUGAGCAUCUCCCAGGACACGGCAGCCACCGAUUCAGACCGGGCGGAUGAAGAUGAGGACGAGGGAUCGUCCAAAAACACAGGGCCGGGAGGGGAGGCAGGGCAGGCGGCGUCUGACGGAGACCAGACCCCGGAUAAAAACAAGAAGAAGAACCGGUGCUUCACCUGCCGGAAGAAGGUCGGGCUGACCGGCUUCGACUGUCGCUGUGGCAACCUGUUCUGUGCCAUCCAUCGCUACUCGGACAAACACGACUGUCCCUACGACUACCGGGGCGCAGCUGCCGCCCGCAUACGCAAGGAGAACCCCAUCGUGGUGGCGGAGAAGAUCCAGAAGUUAUGAGCAGAGCUGGAGUUGCCGCUGGAUUAACGUUCGCCCCUGACAUGUGAAUCUAGAACAAUGGCUGUGUGGAUAAUAAUACCGGAGAGAAAAAAUGGCUUUCAUUCGUUGAUGGUAGUAGAGUGUGGGGGAGGGUGGGGGAGGGCUACUUGCCCCUCUGUCCUGCAAUCCCUCUAUCUGCUUCUCCCUCUCUCUCCCAGAGUUACCCUCUGUGUGUGUGUGUGCGUGUGCGUGUGAGAAGGAUGAAUGUUUCGAUGUGAUGGAAUCAAGACCGCAUUGUAGUAGGAGAGCAUGUCUGAAGAUCCUGUGUGUGUGUUUGUUUGAAUGCUAUGUGUGUACUGUGUGUGUGUGCAUGUACGUAACUUGAGAGUCAGGGAGAGAGCUGUAGGGGAUGGGGUGGGCAUUAGUUGACUGUGGGGAGGGAGGACAUAAAAUUUUUACCCCUUUUUAUUGUUUUUCAAACUGGGGGAAUACAGCUCGUUUUAGUUCAAUCUGAUCCCUGCUUGGUAGUUGUUUUGAGCAGGGGUAAGCUGUUGAAGAGCAUGGCCACAGGCCGGGCAAGGCUGGGGAGAUUCCUGGAGGAGGGUGUAUCGGCAUCAGCAGGGUCUUCAGACAGCAUGGGGGGGAAAGAAAUCAACUCCGUAACAAACAACAAUGUCCCAUUCCUGUCAAAUUGGCUUUUUUUUUGUUGGUUUUAUUCUAUUUAUCAGGUAUAUUAUUUUUCCCUGUCCUUCCUCUCCCGUUGUGGGCUGACUGAAGUUAACGUCUGUCCAACACACACCGAGGCUUUGCAUUUUCAAGAAAUGUUUCUCUUUGAUAUAUUGACUUAUCAUAAUAAUGUUGGGUGCAUGAACAGUGAUGGGGAAGAGAGGGGUGGGAGGGGGUGUAGGGGGGCAAAGAAGCAGGGGGGGGGGGGGAUCAAGUGAGCCGUGACUUAACUGAGUGAUUGAAUUCUUCAUUUUAUUUUUUCUCUUUCUGUUUUAAUGAGUGUAUGACAUCAGAAGAUCUAUAUUAAUAUAUUGUAGUUAGCUUGAAUUGUGUGAUUGCAUUCUAUUUAUUUUUUUAUUAUCAUUUGGUUGGUUCGUAUACUGGAGGAUUGGAGGCAUGUGUGAGCGAAUCGGAACGAUUUGUACCUACCUUAACCUUUCAAUAAUCUCCAUCUGAUUAUGUAACCGUUAGAAAUAAGAAAAACAUGAAAACCCUUGUUCUGACGUGACAAAGUAGAGUCUGGUUAAUAGGUACCCUUUAAAGCCGUGCAGAAAAUG